UUUCCAGUCGACCACACAAACCUCAAAGAGACUUUGCGGCUCUAACUUUGGAUCCACCAACAUCACUUGGUGUCGAUACCAUGCUGGAUUAAGCCCCCCGGCCGGAGUUGUUCGGCCAGAGAAGGUUUGUUUUUCUCCGGUACGAUGACCGCGGUCUGCAGCAGAGCCACUGGGGCGAGAUCCGUUUUCGACAGGACUGCAGUGUUUGCACUGUGACUUGGAGGUCUGGACGCAGAUAGCGAAGAGGUCACCGACGAUCUAGCACCAUGGACAUCGGCAACGAUGUGGAUCUGUCCAAUAAAAACAUCACCCCAUUGUGGAGGCGCCGCGCAGACAAUUAUAAACCCCCCCAGGACUCAAGCAAACCCAAACCGCGACCCCUCAGUUACCACAUAAAUGGGGUCAUGACGACGGACUUCCCAGUGGAGGACAACAAGUGUUCCUUAACAUUGAGCCAACCUGCUGAGAGGCUGGUGGUCACUCCCCCGUGUUGGGGCAAGAACACUGUGGUGUUGAAGCACGUUCUGCACAAACCCUCUAGGAAAUCCAGAGUGGUCCGAAGCAUUAGCAUCGGGCACCUGUCCAACGGACUCUUCUCACUGGCCAAGUUUCGGUCUGAGGAUAGCAGAUCCGCCUCACUGGACAAUAGAGUGUGUAAUGUCGACCGGCAGAAAACCACUAAUGGAGUCACGGUAUUGCAGGAAAAGCAUCUCCAGGACCCCCAGAAAUGCGUGCGCUCAUGGAAAGACCAGAAGGUAUUUGAGAUGAGCUCACCCUCAUCUGAAGCUGUUCUUAGCUCCUCUCCUGUCAUGUCUCCACGCACUUCUAACAACAACAACAACAACUACAACUCCCAAGAACUCUCCUCCCUAUCGUCCGCAUCCAGCCCUUCUCCUCCAGCAUGGCGUACCCCCACCCCUUCCCACAGCUCCACCUCCAGCAUCCCCUCCCUUUCUUCCCUUACCUCCUCAGACCCCCCGACCCCGCGCUCCCCAUCGCCAGCAGACAGAGGACAAGCACUCCUCGGACCGUCCUCAUCUUCGCCUGCCUCCUCACAGGACACCAGGCAUGCGUCUUCCUCUUCUUCCAUCUCCUUCACCUCACCAUCUCCCUCACUUUCCCCAUCUAUCUCUCCCUCCACCUCCAUCGUCCUCAGCACCCACAGCCUUGCUGCCCUGAAGUUGGGCACCCAGCAGCUCAUUCCCAAGGGCUUAGCAUCCGAUGUUCGGCAGAGCAAGGGGCCUCCACCUGAGCUGCAGGGGCAGGGUUUAACAGGGAUGCUGGGGUUGGAUCAUUCCAAGCGUGCAUUGAAAGCCCUCAGCAUGGUAGAAACAGGAACCUACUUUUCUACAGGAGGGGGUCUCGCUGAGGGGACAGAUGGGGAAACUGAGAGCCCAGGGACACUAAAAAGAGGCCUGAGGAGUACUUCCUAUAGGAGGGCAGUCGUGAGUGGAGUCGACUUGGAGGUCCCAUCGGUAGAUUCCAAGGCCCAUCAAUUGUCCCAGCCUGUCAUCAGAUGGCUAGAUGAGGAUAAGAUGGAUUCACCAUUCAGCCCAGCAAGUCCUGGAACUGCAAAGCCCACCAGCCCUGGGACACCCAGACUUACCAGCCCUGGGACACCCAGACUUACCAGCCCUGGGACACCCAGACUUACCAGCCCUGGGACACCCAGACUUACGAGUCCUGGGACACCCAGACUUACCAGCCCUGGGACACCCAGACUUACGAGUCCUGGGACACCCAGACUUACCAGCCCUGGGACACCCAGACUUACGAGCCCUGGGACACCCAGACUUACCAGCCCUGGGACACCCAGAUUUACCAGCCCUGGGACACCUAAACUAGCCAUCCCCGGGAUGUCAAAGCCUACCAGCAAAGGGGAAAACAAGAGACCAGACAAGAAGAAAGUUUUAACCACUCAGCGGACGUUUGACAGCGAGGAAGAGGAGCUGUACCAGAACUACAAGGAGAAGGCUUUACACAAUGACUCAGAUGAGGAUGCCGAUUCCAGAGAACCCAAACCUGAUAACGGCAUUGUGGUGCAGUACAGACCUAUACGCACCUCCUGGAGCCAGCUCACUGUGGUGAAGAGAAGUGGUCUUUCAGACCGGAUGAGUCAGGAGGAACGCAAAAGACAAGAGUCCAUUUUUGAGGUGAUCUCGUCGGAGCACUCGUACCUCCACAGUCUGGAGAUCCUGAUCCGCAUGUUCAAGAGCUCUGCCCAGCUCAGCGAGGCCAUAACCAAGACCGAACACCACCACCUCUUCUCCAACAUCACGGACGUUUGUGAGGCCAGCAAAAAAUUCUUUAAGGAAUUGGAGGAGAGACACCAACAGAACAUUGUUAUCGAUGACAUCAGCGACAUCGUUGACAAGCAUGCUCAGUCCAACUUUGAUCCCUUUGUCACAUAUUGCUCCAACGAGGUCUACCAGCAAAGAACCCUGCAGAGGCUGGUGUCCAAGAAUCCAGUUUUUAAGGAGGUGCUGACCAGGAUAGAGAGUCACCCAGAUUGCAGGAACCUCCCCAUGAUCUCCUUCCUUAUCCUGCCCAUGCAGAGGAUUACUCGCCUCCCCCUACUCAUGGAUACAAUUUGUCAGAAGACACCUAAUGACUCGGCACAAUACGAAGAGUGUAAGAAGGCUUUACAAGCAGUAAGCAAGGUGGUAAGAAAGUGUAAUGAGGGCGCGCGCACAAUGGAGAGAACAGAGAUGAUGUAUACCAUCAACUCUCAGCUGGAGUUCAAGAUCAAGCCCUUCCCCCUGGUGUCAUCCUCCAGGUGGAUGGUAAAGAGAGGAGAACUGACUGCGUUUGUGGAAGACAAUGGCAUCUUCCUCAAGCGGAAGUCGCGGCAACAGGUCUAUUUCUUCCUCUUCAAUGACGUCUUCAUUGUCACUAGGAAGAAGAGCGAGGAGAGUUACACUGUGAUCGACUACGCUCUGAGGGACCAGAUCUGGGUGGGUUCCUGCCAGCCCGAGGAUCUCAACCUGUCACCGGUCAGAAGCAGCGGCGGCAUGCUGAGUUCACGGCAAGCUGGCGCCAACAAUCUCUUCCGUCUGCGUUUCCGUAGCAACCACUCCGGCGAAAAGGUGCCCAUGGUGCUGGGCACGGAGUUGUUUCACAGAUGUACGAGUUCUGAUGUUCAGCGUGUGGGUCACUUUUCUCUGAGAUCACCGUGCACACAUACGAGGACGUCAGAGGACACUUAAGAAUAACUUCCUCCUCGUUCGGCCAUCCAUCCCAAUUCAGUGAUCUAACCCAGGAUGACAUAUGUAAGUGGUGUUACAUUAGCCAGCCUAUUCUGGGCUUCUAUUGGAGUUAAAUGAGGAAGCGAGGACAAUACGGGGUAUUGAGGCUAUAUAAUUGCUAUAAGAGAAUAGGGCUGCCACUAAUGAAUAUUUUCACGAUGAAAUUAUUUAUUAUUUUGAAUACUCCUUAAUUGUAUAAAAUGUCAGAAAAUAGUAAAACAUGCCUAUCACAAGUUCCAAGAUCCCAGAAUGACGACCUCAAAUUGCUGAUUUUGAUGGAGUCAACUAUCUAUUUUUAUUAUAUAAUCAUCUGUUAAAAAUAAACAAAAGAAAUGUGACCCCAUGCAUCAGUAAUUCAGACGGCUGGAUCAGAGAUGGGACAAGGACGCCUGUGACUCUCUUCCUUUCUGUCUGCGUCGUCCUCCUUUUCUCGCACCCUUUUGUUCGGUGUGCAUGUCAGAGCGUUCCCCGUGACCCUGAUGCUGUGCCCUGUCCAGAGCCAGUGAAUUGUGCUUCUAUAUGAGUGGAACAGAGCAGCUACAGAAGUCUGCAGCAAAACAGUUCUGUUAGUCAGAUAUGCAGCGAUAACACGAAGCAGCACCCGUUACGUAACAGCCCCCACCGGAGGAGGGGGUCUAUACUUCUGUUGCACGCUUUGGAAGAACUUUCUUUUUGUUUAGGUCUGUUUUUGUUUUGUUUAUUAUCUUAGCCAGUCUGCUUUUUGCUUAUGUGAUAACAAGAGUUUUGCUGAUGGGAAUUGUUCUCUCUGCCUGUGAGCUUCCCUCGCUGGAAAGCUCCGAUCAGAGAGAUGUCGUGUUUUUGUCUGAGGAGAAGAAAUUGUACAUGAAUAUCGUUCUGACCCGUGGUGAAGUGGAAACGAGCAAGGGACUAGGUUAAAAGUAAACUAUUUGAUAGGAGUGAGCAGAAAAAGGGGCGGGGGGUAGAAAACAGUGGUCUGGUGGUGAUUUUAAGUUGGCUGAGGUUAGAAGGAGGCGGUCUUCGCUCUUUAUCUGCUCGUGAGAAAGGGGUUUUAUAGUGCAGUCUCCUUUUCAGAGGUUAAGCGUGAACCUUUGACAAUAGAUUUAUGAUUCUUGACAUUCCCAUGCACGGUGGGAUGAAUGGUUGAAGGCAGAGGGAGCUUUACUACACUCUACUACUUGAAAAGGCUCAUAGUCAUUGAAACAAGAGGGCAAGCACCUGAUGUCUGUGCAUAUGCAGUAUUCACAUGCAUCUAAACACACAUACACACUGUCAACGGCUGUUUUUACUAUUUUUUCAUACCCUCUGGUAUGUGGCUCACAUUCCACAGAUAACCAUUAAGUGCUUCUCAAACACAUGUGGUGGCCUGUGCUUGAUAUAUUGAAUACAUGUGCAUUCAUAGUUUCCAUAAAGUAUUUCAGAUGUUCAAGCAUUAGAGCGCGACCUGUCACGAUGGAGUGUUUGUGCACAUGAAUCUGUUGGCAUGUGUGUCCAGCUGUUAAAUGCAGCAUCUAACAGAUGGCUUUCCCACAAGUGAGCGGGCCCAGCCAGGUUCACAUUUGCGGUAACGUUUCCCAACAACUAUUGGACGGAUUGCCAUGGAAUUUGGUCCAGACAGUCUCGUUACUGUCGGCAUGAAUUGCACUUUUCAUCUCUCAACAUCAUCAGGUCAAAAUUACAGCACAUACUUUGGUCAACGACUAAAGGUUUAUGACAUUCCCAACCGACUCAGCUGUAUUUGGUGUUUAAUGCUAAUUAGAAAAUGGUAGCGUGCGAAACUAAGACUGCCGAUAACAUGUCCUACAUUGUACCUGCCAAUUAUCAGCAUGUCAUUGUUGGCAUGCUAAAGUUAACAUGAGGUUAGCUGCCCAAGUUCAGCUUCCUAGACACUUGCUUUCAGGAAUGAAGCAACACGUGUUUAUCCUCAAGACAACGGCUCACAUAAGGAACAAUUUGAAAUGUGUAGUUGUUGAUGAACACACCAAAUAUUCAUAAUAAACAAUGAUUGACAACACAUUACAAAUAUUUUCCACCUCGACUUUGGACUACACCAGGCAAUAUUUAAAAUGUCUGGUAAAUGAUUAAACGUAGUAGAGGGGUACCAAAGAGAGAUGAUAGGUGUUGAUUUGAGAUUGUAAAAAUGUAUUAUUGGACUCCUUUAUCGGUCAUAUUGCAUUGUGGGUUCACAAAGAUGGCUUGAAGUAAAUACUUUUAUUUCAAGGUUUAUAGUGAUGUCAUACAGUCCAAUUAG